AUGGGAAAUAAAACAGCCAAGAUCAUUCUUGUUUCUGUUCUCAUCAUCUGGGCAGCCACACAGCAGGGAAAGGGAAAUGAAAUUACAGAAAAAGGCCUCUCUUUGCUAGGGUACCAUCUGUGCAACUAUAGCCUGACCAAAAAUGUGUUUAAAAUGGUUGCCUACCAAAAGUCCUAUGAGAAAAGCACUUCCUGUGGAGGAUGGAUACCUUGGAUGGUGUGUCCCCGGACAUACUACAAAACUCAGUAUCAUACUGUUGAAGUACCUGAAACCAUCACACUUACAGAUUGCUGUGAAGGAUAUGAGCAAGUUGGACUCUACUGCUCUUUAGCACUCAAUAGAUCCAGUGUAUUUGCCUCAAGACCUGGUGUUUGUCCAAUGGAGAAUAAGAAAACAUCUGAUUAUCCUUGCAUGUUUGAUACUGAAUGUCCAGGGCUUAAAAAAUGCUGCAGCUCAUCCAAAGGAGGAGUCUGUGUGGAUCCCAUGCCAGAGGGAAGAACAUUCUGGUACAACGUGACAGUGCUUGUGAAAAUGGAUUUUGGCGAAUUGAUCAGAGUGGAUUCCCACCUUCUGAAUCAUUCACGCCUUUUGCACUCCAUGAUUACUGGUGCAUUACAGCCCCUGAAUGCCUCUGUGCACCAUAUCCAGAGUAACCAUGCAGAAGUAUAUGCUGGGACAGUGGCCUCUCAAGUUCUCAUUGGACUACACCAGCUGGCUCCACUGGUAGAGGUUUCUUCUUCCUUGAAGGACAUUGUGAAGCGCACAUAUGAAGUGAUUAACAUAGAAGUGCAAGAUGUCAAUGAAUGUUCCUAUGCUGAAUUCAAUGCUUGUCCUGAGAACAGCACUUGCAUAAAUCUGGAGGGGUAUUACAGCUGCAACCCUCAGCAUGAACAUGCAGAUGUCAACCCUCAACGUCUGAGCACAAGCAAGGAAGGCAUGGCAACCUCUGCUCCAGGUUCACUGUUGGAUCUCAUUAACAUUAGCAAUAGCUCCCCGUCUAUAAGUAACUCAAGUGUCUUGCCCAUGACUAACCAAUCUGCAGAUUCUGGGUGCUAUCCCUCUGAAGUGAGAAACCACCGAAUCUUCAGCGUUACCAGCAACAGCUUUGAAAUGUCCUGGCAUGUUGCUUCAGCUCUGAACCAUACUUUCCAAGUCCAAGUGUUCAAGGGCAAAGAGAUAGUCCAAAACCUGAAGACAGAGGAAAUGAAAAUGAAUGUGUCUGGACUGGAAGCAGGUGUGAUGUAUGCAGUAGAAAUCAUCUAUGAAACCUGUGGAAAAACCAGCAUCUCCCAUCAAAAUGUUAAAACAGAGGCCAAGGUAUUUGGUAUUACUAUGAGGAUUCUCAACUACAACUUCACUGAUGAUUUCCAUAAUGCCAGCAGCUCAGCAUAUGAAGAAUUUUCAAGACUGCUGCUUACACAGCUUGAAAAUUCAUUUCCACCCAACAUUUCUGCUUUAUACCAAUCUGGGAAUCUGAAAGUGCAGAUUGAAUCCCUGCAAGCUGGAAGCAUCAUUGUGAGGUUCAGAAUCACUGUGCAGGAUCUUGAGUUUCCAGUCAAUGCCUCCACAUUUGCCCCAGUGCUUUCUUACCUGCAUAAUGGCUCUGCACUUCUAGUGGAUCAGCAAAACACUGUGGUAGAAGACUGGGAUGAAUGUGCUUCUCUUGCCGAGAAUGACUGCUCCACAUCUGCAGAGUGUAUCAAUGUGAUGGGCUCCUACCUGUGCAGAUGCAAGACAACGAUGGAUACCAAUCCAUCCCGACCUGGAAGAAACUGUGAGGGUGAGAUUGUGGACCCUCUCAGUGAAACGAUGGCUCCUGAAAUAACAAACAGUACAGAGCUUGCUCCUGAAGAAGUGAGUCCUGCAGGCCCUUCUUCCCUUGCCACCAUAGAAGUGGUGGAGGCUGUAGGUUCUGAGCUGAGCACUGCUGUAUACGUCCCUGUUCCCCUGCCCCUGGAUGAGAAGCAAGCACCUCAUGGUCAUUCUCCCACUGAUGUUCCUCCAGCAGCUUGGAGAAAAGUCCCAGCAACACAGAUGGGCUUUGCCAGGGACAACAGCUCCAUGUCCAAGGGAGCUGCAGCCAGUGAGGAAGUAGCCAUGAGUGCAGAGCAGCAGCUGGCUGUAAGUCCAUCACAGCAAAGUUCUGCAGCAGAGGCUUCCUCCAGCGCAUCGCAGCAAGAGGCUGCCCUCACAAACGUGCCCAGAGGCACAGCUGGCCAAGAGCAAUCCAGCUCACCAUUGCUGGUCUUUCCAAACCAAACAGCCUCUGCUUCCACCAGAAGUCGCACUACUUCUGAUGUGCCUCAAGACAGCUCUCAAGGUGGCUCCAGUAUGACUCUGCCAGCCACUGGGGAUGCUGGUGUUCCCACCCUCAACACCACUCUCAGAGCCCAUGUAGAGAUUGGAGGAGAGAACAGCUCUUGGGCUGAGCAAUAUGCCAGAUCCCUGGGGCCAUCAACUUUGCCAGGCACCUCUCCAGCUCCCAGCCCAGCACCGAGCCCCACCAUGGACCAGGCUAUCCAGAAACUGAGUGGCACGGUGCAGAUAACAAAUGUGAAAUACUCUCCAGGCUUUAGCAAUACAAGCAGUGAGGAAUACCAAACCUUUGCACAGCUCUUUCUUGAUGAAGUACAUAAAUCUCUGCCCCUUGAGGUUCUUCAGCAGAUGGAUGCUGGUUUGAUUAAAGUGUUGAUAACGGGUAUAACUAAUGGGAGCACAGUGGUAAGUUUCAACUUACUGAUUGCAGAAGAUGUGGAUAUCUACAGCGUCAUCACCGCUUUUCAUGAUGCCUUUGAACAGAGCUCCUAUUUCACAGUUGACAAGAGCAGUCUCUCCAUACAUGAUUAUGAUGAGUGUGAAAGUGAAGAUGACGACUGCUCCCCGGAUGCAUCGUGCUUUAACACACUUGGGUUUUACGAGUGCAGCUGCAAUGAAGGAUUUGCUGAUGUGCAUCCAGAAAGGCCUGGAAGAAGCUGUGAAGCAUUUCCUCUCAGCAAGAAGACAACAGUGAUGGACAAGAAACCUGUACACAACACAGUGUUACCUGUGACAGCUUUGCAAACUUCGACUCACAUUUCUUCCACCGCUUCAUUGAACUUCUCUACUACUAAGCACAAAGCCCUGGAGGACACCAUGUCCUCCAGUGUGGUGCUGCCUUCUCUCACCAGGGAUCCUGUGUCAAGUCCCAAGGUUUCUCCUCAAGCAUCUCCUGUCCCCCUUGUUCAACCUGCCCAGGAGAUUUCCAUUAAAGAUGCAGUAAGAGUGUUUUGUGAAAUUGAGAAGAUUGUCCUUGCUGUCCAGAAGAGAUUUUUAGAGCAGGAGUCUAUCCCUGAAACCUCCCUGUACCUGGGGGAGCCUCGCUGCAACGUGAGCAUCAGCAAUGGCACCCACGUUGUGCUGCAGGCAGGCUGGAGUGACUGUGGCACUGAAGUUGAGACUAACAUGACUAAUACUGUAGUGAAAAACAUCCUUCGGAAUGAUGUUUCUGCUCAGGGAGUUAUCCACCACUUAAAAGUUGCCAGUCCCAUUCACUGUGUGUUUCAAAACAAUCUCUUGACUUCCUCUGGAUACACUGCAGAGGGACUUUACACCAUCUUUGAGGAUUUGCAUGGAUCUGGGCACUUCAGAACAGAAAUGCAGUUAUUUAUUGGAAACACCCCAAUACCAAAAAAUUUCAGUGUCUCUGCCAGUGAGGAUAUACUGAUUGAAGUGGGGAUCCAACGAGCAGACAGCAAGCUCAAGGUGGUCCUCACUGACUGCUGGGCGACUCCAACUAAUAACUCAGUGGAUCCCCUCUCAUUUGCUUUUAUCAGCAACAGCUGUCCCAUCCCAAAUACACACACCACACUGCUGGAGAAUGGGAAUUCAAGCAAAGCACAGUUUAAGAUGAAAAUCUUUUCCUUUGUCAACAAUUCUGUGGUUUACUUACACUGCAGAAUUCGUAUUUGCAUGGAGACACCAGGAAGCACCUGCAGGACGAGGUGCCAUGCAGUUCGAUCCCUGAAGACUGGUGAAACCAUUGCUGCCCACAGAACAUCCUGGGGACCCCUGUGUAAAUCAGCUGUGUCUGAUCUGAAGAGAGAGAUGGAGACUGGGAUAGGAGUUGGAUACACCAUCCUUAUUGUCUUUGCUGUGUUUGGUUUUGUGCUGGGAUUUGUGAGCCUUCUCAUUUUCUGCUACCAGCGAAAGACGGGAAGAUACAACUUCAGAAUCAAGUCUGACAACUUUAGCUACCAAGUGUUCUAUGAUUAG